AUAGCAGAUCGAGCCUAACGUGACAAGAAUCACCUUCUCACUUUUGUGAAGGUCAUAAGGACGAACGGUCAAAAAAAUUUGUUAUUGUAUCAAUAUCAAUUUCAUUAAAUACUAUCAUUAGCUGUAACACAAUCAAACCAAACAUGGGACGAAAAUUUUUUGUCGGUGGAAAUUGGAAAAUGAAUGGGAACAAAAAAGAAAUUGACGAUAUCGUUGCAUUUCUUAAAGCUGGUCCAUUGGACCCUAACGUUGAUGUUGUUGUUGGUGUACCAUCCAUUUAUCUUACAUAUGUAAAAAGCAUUUUGCCUAGUAAUGUUGAUAUUAGCGGUCAGAAUGCAUAUAAAGUAGCUAAGGGAGCUUUCACAGGUGAAAUUAGUCCAGCUAUGCUUCUUGACAAUUCCAUCCCAUGGGUAAUUCUUGGACAUUCUGAACGUAGAAAUGUUUUUGGAGAAACAGAUGAAUUGAUUGCAGAAAAAGUUGCUCAUUCAUUGGAAGCUGGAUUGAAAGUAAUAGCCUGUAUUGGAGAAAAAUUAGAAGAACGUGAAGACGGGAAAACAGAAGAAGUAGUUUUUCGUCAAACAAAAGCUAUUGCAGAUAAAAUUAAAUCAUGGGACAAUGUAGUUCUUGCAUAUGAACCUGUUUGGGCAAUUGGAACAGGUAAAACUGCUACACCUGAACAAGCACAAGAAGUCCAUGAGAAAUUACGAAGCUGGUUUACUAAGAAUGUAAAUGCAAAUGUUGCUGAAACACUUAGAAUUAUUUAUGGUGGAUCCGUAACAGCAGGAAAUGCUAAAGAUUUAGCAAAAGAAAAGGACAUCGAUGGAUUUUUAGUUGGAGGUGCUUCUUUGAAACCAGAUUUUGUACAAAUUGUAAAUGCUAAACAGUGAAUUCAAUGGAUAACAUAUUUUAAUAUUUUAAUGUUUGCUCUUGUCCCAAUUAUAUAUUUAAAGGAUAUAUUUUUAAAACAUGCAUAUUAUCAAAGCAUAUAUUUUCUUAUACUUCAUUACAAUUUUAAUUUCCAAAUUUUAAUUACUAAACAUUAUCUACAAAGCUUAAAUCAUAGUAAUAAAUAUUUUUUGAAACAGCCAUAAAAUAAGAUUUAAAUAUAUAUUUCAUAUAACAUACAUACAUACAUACAUACAUACAUAUAUAUUACAUUGUUGUAAGUUGUUUAAUGAAGAUAUAAUAAAAAUAACAAAGACAUUGUAUAAAUGUUAUACAUCAUAUCUACUUUAUUCAAUUAAACCAUUUGUUAUAAUA